GGGAGUAAUGAGGGCAGUCUGGAAUUAUGGAAACACAGUCGACACCGUAAAGAACGUUUCUCACGUUCCUACGAGGAUUCGCGUACGGUUGAUGCCGCUUGAAGUUGGACAACCGGAUUCCGAAUAAAGUGUUGCAAUGUUUCGAAUUCCGAACAGCACUUGUACAUGAAUUUGUAUCUGCGGUCCUGUGUUUGGAAGUAGAGCAGAGUAACACCGUCGCAGCGAGGAGGAAUUCCAGCGCUCAUUUCGGAACCCGCGGUCCACGUCGUUUUUAGUUUAGAACAUAACCUGUUGCUCGAGUGCACUUUGGAUACGAACCUACUCAUCGUGCGCAGUCUGCUCGGUUCUAUGAGUGAGUGGGCUAUAAACACGGGAAAUAUAGAUUUGCUUGAUCUUAUUGAGGACUUGUAGUCUAGUCUACUAUUGGCGGAGAAAGUUGUAGGCUUCCCUGGCGUGUCGUGCAAAGGCACCUUUAUUAUCAGAUAUGAGGGGAAACGGCGUGACGACAUAGCCACCAAACAUCGUCAAUGCUUUCCCAGGAAGGGAAAAAACAACACUCAACUUUAGUAUUGAAAGCAAUUUGACUCAAACAUGAGUUCUUCCUGCGGCAGAAAGUUAGAUGUGCUGUAUGUCCGCGUGCUUGACUUAUUCUUUCCAUGGAAAUGAAAUUCGGAAAUUAAUUUAGGUAAUUUUCCCCGGAGCGAGUUGUUUUUUUUUGGGGGGGGGGGGGUAGCUUCAUCUUACGACACGUUGUGAAAAUAACGUGCAGGUUUGGAGUUACGAUGCUGGUCUCUUGGGUCGCAUUUAUUCAAGCGUUCCUAACACUGCUGGUGAAAGGAGCCGAUCAAUGGAGCCUCCGGGAGUCCUCCAACUGCGAGCUCAAUAAGAAACAAAGUGAUCUGAACUCUUUCCUGUGGACCAUCAAACGUAACCCUCCGUCCUACUUCUACGGCACGAUCCACGUCCCUUACACGCGCGUCUGGGACUUUAUCCCAGAGAACUCCAAGAAAGCUUUCCAGGAGAGUAACAUGGUUUACUUGGAGCUGGACCUGACCGACCCCUACACCAUCUCAGCCCUGACCAGCUGCCAGCUCCUCCCCAAGGGGGGAACCUUACAGGACGUUCUACCCAGAGACAUCUACAGACGCCUCAAGAGGCACUUGGAGUACGUCAAGCACAUGAUGCCGUUCUGGAUGACUCCUGACCAGAGGGGGAAAGGCCUGUACGCUGACUACCUGUUUAAUGCCAUAGCGGGGAACUGGGAGAGGAAGAGGCCUGUGUGGGUGAUGUUGAUGGUGAACUCGUUGACGGAGGCGGACAUUAAGACGAGGGGGGUCCCGGUGUUGGAUCUGUACCUGGCCCAGGAGGCAGAGAGGAUGAGGAAGAGGACAGGAGCCGUGGAGAAGGUGGAGGAGCAGUGUCACCCGCUGAACGGACUCAACUUCUCUCAGGUGAUUUUUGCCCUGAACCAGACCCUUGUACAGCAGGAGAGUGUGAGAGCAGGCAGUCUGCAGGGCUCCUAUACCACUGAGGACCUCAUCAAGCACUACAACUGUGGAGACCUCAACUCCAUCAUCUUCAACCAUGACACCUCUCAGGUCCCCAACUUCAACAACGUGACCCUGCGCCCCAGCGAACAGAUAACGGCCCAGGAGAUAGACAGCUACUUCAGACAGGAACUGAUCUACAAGAGGAACGACAGGAUGGGGAACAGGGUCAAGACUCUGAUGGAAGAACACCCUGAAAACAGCUUCUUCUUCGCCUUCGGAGCAGGUCACUUCCUGGGCAACAACACAGUGAUUGAUGUGCUGAGGAGUCAGGGCUAUGAAGUGGAGCACACUCCUGCAGGGCAGCCCCUUAGCAGUCGAUCGAAAUCCUCUACCGACCAGACGGGUCAUUCUCCGGGUCAGAACCUGGAUGAGUCCCCUUACCUGGAGCCUUUCCUCCACGAAUUCCACGAUGAGGAGCAACAGCACCCUCUGCAGGACAACCCACUACCCGACAUACCUCGUCACUCCCCCAGUCUGGAGCUGAUGGACACGACGGACCGCAAGCUGAAGAAGAAACGACGUAACAAACAGAGGAAACAUCAGAGAAACAGACAGUUUAAUGACCUCUGGGUUCGCAUCGAAGAGAGCACCACAGUCCAGUCUCCUCCACCUCCGCUGGUGCGUAUCAUCAACGGUUACGUCACCGUAGGGCCUCACCACCACGACCUUGAAAGAGGCCUCGCCCACGGCCACGGCAGAACCAAUCACCACAGGUGGUCGUCGGGCUGCUCCGCCUCCACGCCGCUGUCUGUCAUCUGGUUACGGUUAACAGUAUUGGUUCACACCUGGACACUGGUAGUAACUCUAGUCUAAAGUAUGAGGUUGUUGGUUAAACUUUUACACACAAACUGGAAGAAAAAUCCCUCAUCAAUCUAUUUCAAAAACACUGUAAUUCUGUAUACUGUUAACAGUGUCGGGUGACAUCUGUACUGCACAUCUAGUACAGGAGGUUCCUGGUUCAAAUCCCUCCUGCUCUCAUCUGGACUGCAGACCUAAUGCAGGAGGUUCCUGGUUCAAAACCCUCCUGCUCUCAUCUGGACGGCACAUCUAGUACAGGAGGUUCCUGGUUCAAAUCCCUCCUGCUCUCAUCUGGACUGCAGAUCUAAUGCAGGAGGUUCCUGGUUCAAAACCCUCCUGCUCUCAUCUGGACUGCAGAUCUAAUGCAGGAGGUUACUGGUUCAAAACCCUCCUGCUCUCAUCUGGACUGCAGAUCUAAUGCAGGAGGUUACUGGUUCAAAACCCUCCUGCUCUCAUCUGGACUGCAGAUCUAAUGCAGGAGGUUACUGGUUCAAAACCCUCCUGCUCUCAUCUGGACUCUAGUAGCAGAUCUAGUACUGUAAUCAGUGUUGGUUCACAUCUGGACCCUGAAUAACUAGUGCAGUAGGUUACUGGUUCAAACCCUUCCUGCUCUCAUCUGAACUGCAGAUCUAAUGCAGGAGGUUCCUGGUUCAAAACCCUCCUGCUCUCAUCUGGACUGCACAUCUAGUAGAGGAGGUUCCUGGUUCAAAACCCUCUUGCUCUCAUCUGGACUGCAGAUCUAAUGCAGGAGGUUCCUGGUUCAAAACCCUCCUGCUCUCAUCUGGACUGCACAUCUAGUAGAGGAGGUUCCUGGUUCAAAACCCUCUUGCUCUCAUCUGGACUGCAGAUCUAAUGCAGGAGGUUCCUGGUUCAAAUCCCUCCUGCUCUCAUCUGGACUGCAGAUCUAAUGCAGGAGGUUCCUGGUUCAAAUCCCUCCUGCUCUCAUCUGGACUGCAGAUCUAAUGCAGGAGGUUCCUGGUUCAAAUCCCUCCUGCUCUUAAACUGGAAGGAAAGGAAUCAUCUUUUUCAACACACAAUGAGGUGAAUCCUAACUUCAAGUGAAAAUCGGACAUAAGUGGAAGUUCGCAUUCGCUCAAAUCAGUCUAAACUGGAUCUAUUUACAUUUAAUUUAGUACUUAGUACUUUAGUACUUUAAUUUAGUACUUUAUUUUUGAUUUUUUUUAAACAAAUAUAUUAUUAAGAACCCAAACAGCUCUUACUCUUCCUCUUCUUCUGACCCUCUCACUUUAUUCUUCACUUUUUGUAGAAUGUGUUUUGUAUCACGUAAUACUGUGGGAAUUGUAUAUAUCUACAUAUUCUAGAUUGUAUUUUAGAAAUAUGACAUUUUGAAUGGUUGAAUGUGUUUUGUAUCGUGUAAUACUGUGGGAAUUGUAUAUAUCUACAUAUUCUAAAUUGUAUUUUAGAAAUAUGACAUUUUGAAUGGUUGAAUGUGUUUAGUUUAUUGUUGUUGUUUAUAAAUAGAUACAGUGUAUUUUUUGAGACUAAAGCUGGUACUAACCACCAUAUCCUGUAUUUGGUAUCCUGGUCCCAUAGCUUGGUCCCCUGAUCUGCUUGUGCUGUCUUGCUAGCUCCUAUGGUCAUUGUCACCUUAGGAGUUGGCAAGACAACACAACCAGAUCUGGAUCCAGGCUAUGUAUCUGUCUCUCCGUGGUUGAAUGGUGAUGUUGGUGGGGGGAGAAUCCAUCCUAAACCAGUUACCUAUGGUUUGUUGUUUUGUCCUUGCUGAGAUAAUUACAUUUUAUGUUUUUACAUAAGAGAUUAUUUGUUUAAUUUAUUUAACUAUAUAGUUGGUAAGUAAUCUAAACAUGCGUUGUGACGGUUGUUGUUCAUCCCAAUGUGAUUUGUUCGUUCUAUCUCCAGCCUAAGAGUCAGGUCAACACCGGUUUGUUUGGAUAAAGUCUGUAUAAAGCAGGAGAUUCAUUAGAUGAGUUUAUCUUGUUGUAGCUCACUGACAUUUCAAUGUUGUGGCAUGAGAUUAUUGUAAUAUCUUUUGCUGUACCGUUAAACGAUAAAAUAUGUA